AACUUGCGACGAAUGGUCGAUGAGAAGGAGGAGGCCACUGGGCUGCGGGUGAUGGAGACGGGGCGCUCCCCUCUGUUGGCUUUGAAUGGUUGUCCGGGACUUGAAGUUAGCCCCUCCCCUCUCCAUGUGAGACACGCCCAUCAUGCCUCUCCUGCUCUGACGCAGGCUGCAGGAGGCCAUGGCUGAGGCCGAGGAGAACUUUGUUCUAUAUCACAAGUACUCACAGCAACUUGUGCAUUUCAAAAUGUUGCUCAAGCAAAAGUGUAUUCUCAGCACAGAUGCACUUUAAAAAUAUCAAUUGUCAAAGUACUAAUAAUGCAUGGAGUGGAUGCUGAAUCAGGAAGACGGAAACCGUGGAUGUCUUAAGCAGAAGUAUUCAUCAUAAGAGCUCAAUAUAUACCAAGGAGAUCGCCGGUUCGUUUGCACAGAUCAACAAGGUGGUCAGUGUAGACAAGCUGCCUGCUCCCGGUCUCUGCAGUGUAUUAAGUUCAGGGUAAUGUCGUCAUCUCCCCGAGACUAUGACACUUGACAGAGACUUCAGCUGCUCGAUGGACCUUGCUUGGUGCCUGAGAAGACUCGUCUUAACAGUUUCUCAGGGGAGGAUAGACAAAAUUCCACGACACUUAUUAGACAAGUUUUCACCCAGAUCACUCCAACGUCUUAGACUUUUACACACACAGCAUGUUUAAGAUUUAUUUACCUAUGGAUUUUCAGUAAUGUUGACGUCAGAUCGGCGAGGCUCUUUGCUAAACCUUGUUGUAGUGGACAGUAAGUACAAAGAAACAUGAAAUGGGUAUGCAUCAAAAUUGUUGUUUUUAAGGAAAGUCGACUUCCUAAGAUCAAGCAGAGGUGUGUGUGCGUGUGCGUUUGCGUGCGUGUGUGUGUGUGUGUGUGUGUGUGUGUGUAAUAAGUAAUGUGUUUUCUUUAAAUACAGCAGAAAUCACUUUAUUCCCUUUGAGGAAGACCAGUGCUCAUAACUUCGUCCACUUAACACUAGGUCAGGUCAGGCCAGUUCAUUUUUUUUUUUUUCCAGCCUUAAUUCGAGAGACACUGUUCAUCACCUGACUUGUUAGGCUGCACAUGACAGCCCUCUUACUCCAGUGCUGGCUCGGUAUCUUAACCUGUCUAUCACAGUCAUAUACCAUUAACUAUGUUUUUAACAUUAAAGUGUAAAAUACAUGUUAUUUGUUUUUAUGCAGAAUCAGUAUCAGAAUCAGUAGUCUAUAUGUUUGUUAACCACACAUGAUGGACUUGUUGUUACCCUGAAUAAGGAUAGUGACGACAAAGAAACUCGUGAUUUAAGAACAAACCGGUGGCAGUUCCAGUUUCAACUACAAUCUCUUGUCAUUUAACUGAGUUAACACCCUAAGUGAGCACAGUUUGGUCACAUGAAUCCAAAUUAAACUGUUUGGAGGGUCCUGGUCAUCUGUGAGUUGUGGCGAAGUUGUGGCGAUUUGAUUACACACUUUCAUAGGAAUAUGCAACGCUUAAACACAUAACUAAAAUAUUAAGGUGAUCAGAACUAGAUUUUUGACAUGGGUUUGCUCUUGGAGAUAUCCAUCUCAAAACAAUGAUAAUAAAGCAGGUCCCCCCUUGAAUUUAAUAACAUUAUAUAUUACUUUUGGUGAACGAAUCCCACUGGAUUUGACACCGUAUGAGCAAAAAAAAAGACCACUUCUUUUUUAUGCCUUUGAAUCAUUAAAAGCCCUAGCUAUUUUAUUAUUUUAUUUUCAGGUCAAUCUUACUUCAUUUAUUUUCUUGUCUGUUAUAUCUUUUUUUAUAUUGUGUUCUCCGUUUUAAGAAAAGAUGACGUUUUAUAUGUAUGUGUUUAAAUUAAAAAAUAACUGUACAUACCUAAGCAUCGUCUUCAUCCAUCCACUUAUCAUUCAAAGUGCGUUUUACUUAUAAGUAUUAAUACAAACUGUAAAAUAAAUAUUUAAAAUAUAAUGGGAUUGUCCACGUCGUUGUAAAUACGUCAUAAUCCUGCGACAAUGACGUAAUUACCGUCGCGACCCAAGUAGUGUCCGAAAUGGUAUUUUUAUUUUGCCGGUAAAUCUAUGAGCCCACUACAAAGAAUUCCCUACAUAGUGAGUAUGGGGUAGUGAAUGAGUAGGUGGUUUCGGACACAGCCUAUAUAUUGUAUUUGAAAUGGCCAUUUUUUUUUUGCUAUACCUUAAAAAAAUUUAAAAAAAAUCAACGUGUCAUGAUCAUUUCCUGGUUUUAGGCGGAAGCUUCUCGCACACAGCGCCACCUGUCGUCAAUCCGCCGAAAGGCUUCAGGUUGGCGUAGCUGUUGCCUGGAUACAGUGAAACAAAUGCAGACUGACGCCGCUCUUUGUGUGUUUGUGUGUUCUUUAGCGACUAUUUUAAUGUCAUUUCUAUCUAAUAUAAAUAGAAAUGACAUCCGAGAAUCAGCUCAGCCGACAGAGAAGAUCCAGGAAAAGUGACUGGGGUUGUUUAGCAGAGGAAACCAGCAGGAUGUUCCAGGCACCUGAUCUCCGACAAGUCACGGUGUUGACCAAGGCUCAAUGGCUGCGUGUUCAAGAUGAACUGAACCAGGUUGAUGAAGAAAAGGAGCGUUUGAGAGAGGUGGCGAACCAGAGACUAGCUCUGAGCCUGAAGUCAAAAGAGGUGGUGAAACUCUGGUCCAAUACCAUCACUGGUCAAAGGCAAAAGAAGCUGGAAGCAAAGAAAAUCCGUGAAGAGCUUGAGGAGGAGAAGAGGAAACAGAUUGAUGUAGAAGAGGCCCAAUUCAAGGAACAACAGCGUAAAGAGGCGAUUGAAAAAGCCAAGACUCAACUGUAUUAUCAAACCGACCGUGUCAAAGGAUUACAUAGUGCACUCAUGCUGACAGAAGUGUUGAAGGAGAGGGAGGCUCAGAUCGAACUGAAGAAAAGAAUAAACAGUGCCUCUAAAGAUGUAGAUCAAGAAUUCAGGAAUAUGGUAAAGACCAGAGAGGAUGAAGCUCUGAGACGGGAGCAAGAGAAAGCACUGGAGAAAAAGCUGGAGAGACUGGCUGCUGCAGAGGACGUGAAAAAACAGAUCAAGGAAAAUGAGUUGACGAAAGAGCAACAAAAGACAGAGAACAAGAAAGUCGAAGAGGAAAUCCUACGCCUUGGAGAACUCUAUCAGUGGGAGCAAAGAAAGGAGGGAAAAAGACGAGCAGAACAGAGAAGAAACCUAAUGCAAGCUCAUCUGGAACAUGUAACCAAUAGAGACCUCAUAAGAGCAGCAGAGGCACAAAAACAGGAGGCAGAAGAAGAGCAAAGGAAACUUUUUCUCUCUGCGAAACAAAAAAUGAGGAAGUUAAAGAAAGACAAAGAAACUGAGUUGUUUAGAGAGGCCCAGAAGCACAGAGAGAGGAUCAUGAACAAACUGACAAUCGAGCAUCAGGAGCAAACGGUCAGCGAGGAGCAGAGGAUCGCUCAGGCUGUUGCUGAACAGGAUGCAAGAUGGGAGCGGCAGCAGAGGGAGGAGGAGGAGAAGAGGGCUGCAAUGUUGAAGACGAUCACUGCACACAGACAACUGAUGAGACAGGAAAAGGAGCAGAUGGACAAAGAAGUGCAACAGAGAGACAGAGACGUGCAUCAGGCCAAGAAAGAGGCUGACAGAAUAUUUACUGAGAAACAACAGCUGAAGGCUCAGAGGACCAGGGAAGAUCUAACCAAAAUACGAGACUUCAAUGUCACACUAAUGGAAGCAAGAUUUACCAGGGAUCAGCAGCUGAUAAGAGGGGAUCAUGAGUUUGAAGCAAAGAACAGAGACCUUGUGGUUGAGGAAGAAAUCCAGUUUCAACAGUAUUCACAGCACGUCAUCGGCGCAGCAGCACAGACUCAGAGGAACGUCAUUCCACUUUGCAAAGCAGCGAGGGAAGGGAUCGGAGGAGGGUUCGGUCCUGUUUUUAGUGGAGUCAGGCCUAGCUACCUUGUUCAAGACCGUACUGGUGCUCAGAUGCCCAAAUAUACCUCUGGUGUUACCCAGAACAUUAAAGAGCUUCAUGGGGAAGCAGAUAUUCAGGAAGCAAAGAAGAGACUAGGGUUCACGUGGUAAAAACACGUAUAUGCCCCAAAAUUACCAAUAAAUAAAUCAAACUGUGUCUAUGGUUACUAGUUUCCCACACUAAUUCUGAGAAGGUUUAAGUGUGUGGUCUCUACACACUGAAAAAGUGACAAAAUCUGUUACAAAUACAGCCAAGUUUCAAGUGUGCUGUCAAUGCAUACCAUUCUCCCACAAUGCCCUGCACCAAGUAAAAAUCAGGAGCUGCUCGCAGCAUAAUUCAAAAAAAAUAAUAAUAAUGCGAAUAAUGGUGAAAUAAAUGCAGAAAGGUUCUUGAAAAAAUGUGUGAUGGAUUUCUGAUGAUUUAUUAGAUAAUUUCCUAUUAGUUUAAAGCAUAAAAUGUUUUUACACAAUACGGCUAAAACAUUAUACUAUAAGAUUUUGUAUGUAGUAUAUACUGUGUAGAAUUAGCCAUUUGUAUGAAUUUGUGAAUUUCAUUCAUCCAAAGUUUAUCUGAACUGUUCUUCACUCGUGGAUAACCAAGUUAUCGAGAUUAGAUUGUUGAUUAUUUUACUUUUUUGGAUCUUGGAAGCUGGUUUAAUGUUUAUAUUUAACUGUUCAAAGUUACGAGUCCAAGCAUCCCGGUUUACCGACAGUUAGCUGGAUAAUGACCAAGGUCCUUACCCCAAUUUUCACACAGGGUCACUUUCUGAAAGGUAUACUGAGAACGUCUAGAUGAGAACAUGCAGGUUAUUGAGAAAUCAUUAUAAUAUAUCGCUGUACUUCCUCACAAUUUAAUAACCUAUACUUAUACAUAAUAAAAUAUAAAUUGAAACCUGCAAUCA